AUGAGCGCCAUUCGCAGCUUCAAGAAAACUGUCAUUGCUUUCCACAGAGACCUGGCACCUCAAAAGAAAGACGAUAUCAGAAGGUGGGUUGAGCACGCUGGAGGCAAAGUCACAUCCGAGAUAACAGACGACGUGACACACUUCAUUCUUCCACGAGCAAUAUGGCAUAGCGAUGACGCACAAGUCACUGAAAUUCGUCGACGAAGAACAGUCUUCUUGAUCAAGUUCAAGUGGUUGAGUGAUAGUCUGUCGUUCAACAAGAAGAAGCCGCUGGACGAAGUCAAUCAACAAUACACAUGGGACGUCGCACAUGCCAAAAAAGUUUGGGACAAACGAAAGGACGCACGGCGUCACAAAGCACGAAUGGAGCGAGCUGCAGCUAAAGAAGCAAGCAAGCUGUCACAAGUUGAAGGUGACAAGCCAUCUAGCUCAACCAUAGAGGCCAAGGUCAAGAAAGCACAGGAGAUUAUCGAGUGUGGACUGAAGUAUGACAAAAAGUUGUUGGAGUGCGAAAGAGACAUGGCUCUGAGCGGCUACCGACCUUACGUUGACAACAAUGGCUUUCUGUACAUGGUCACCUUGGUCCGAGACGAUAUCGUGCACAAUAUCAAGGAGAAAUAUAACAUGAAGCUCUAUGAGUCCUUUCAGAUUCCAAUGCCUGAACUUGAGUCUCCAUGUGCCAUGACACCUGACUCCACCACGGAGUCGCACACAUCCUUCAAGACCUACCUGCCGUCCACGUCCUCCCUACCAUUCACAGAGCCACCAUCCCCACUACAUCCCACGUCCUCCGAUGCGAGACCUAAGGGAACAAAUGAUUCAGGAAAGGAGUAUCGUCUCGUCUGCCACUACACUAAACGCAUGGGCAGGCAUCGUAGUGUGCAAACCGAGGAUCUAGUCCCACGGCACAGCACGUUUGAGUUCGUGAUGGAGAUGUGGAGAAAGAUUUUCAAGAACAAAACAAAAAUCACCUGGAACGCAGCUCUUCAUGGAGAUGCAAACACCACACAGAGGAAGGAUAGUGGUAUUGCACUAAAAGAUGAUGGCAAUAGCCAUAACGUCGAGCGCACGGUUUCGGUGCAUCGUCUCCAAGGUCAAGACCACACAACUAAAUAUUCUGAGAAAGAUCCUGGUGUGCCUGCGAUACUUGCAAAGGCUGAUAUUGCAAGCACCUACCAGCGUCAGUCCUUCCAGUACAUCCCAAACCUGACGGAAAAUAUUGCUCAUUUUGGGAAACGAUAUCUCGAUAUCUAUGGCGAGAACUGGCUCACCAGUCAUUGCACAGAACUCAAAGAACAGUCGUCGAAGCUUCCACUCCUUGCGCAUGAUAACGCAAUUGUGCCAGAGAACAAGCCAGAAUUCUUGGUUUGUGACGACCAUGUUGACACUGUGUGUGAAUGUGUCCUAAGUGUCUGA